GAAAAAGAUAUUUGAAUUGUAUAUUUAGCGGCAAAACAAACUUCAGAUCCAUUACUGCGUGACAAUGUUAUGAUGAUGUAUAUACAGAAAAAACAACGACGAACAAACGAUCUUGACGAAGUUAAACUUACAAAUAUAAAGAACAUUUCUGAAAAACAUGCUUAUGUAAACGUUUUAGGUGUGAUUAUUCAAAAACAUCCUGUUAAACGGUGCAACAAUAAUCUUUUGGGUUCAAGUAGUCACGCUGUAUUAGGAUUUACGAUAAGAGACAGUACGUAUGAUUGGAUCAAUGGAAGCUACUGGGGAACAUUUUCAAAUGUUAAUUCUGUGGCGUCCCAGUUCAACAUUGGCGAUUGCGUAAUUGUACUUAAUGCCAAAUUGAAGUGCAAAGAACAAGACUCUUAUGAAGAACGCUUUAUGGUCCAAACGCCUUCAAAUUAUCAUCUAGUUUUGAGGGACGGACUUGGAAGCAUUACCCAAUAUGCUUUUCCUGACAAGUUAUACAUAAGCUGUCUGAAAUCAUCAUUAGUAUGUUCGGCGGCUUACCACAUAUCUCUUCAUCAAGUAAUACAGACAAUCUACUCUAAAAAUAUGUCAGCCAACGGAAACCAAUUCAACUGGAAAAUGUAUGGCUGCCCUCCAGAAUUCACAUUUUUUGCGGUCGUUUCAGAAGUAAAGCACCCGAAAACCCUAAUUACGUCUCAAAAAAAGGUGAAAUGUGAGGAAGAAGAGGAAUCACUUAUACAAAAAAGGAGCACCAUUGCUAAAUCACAACCAAUGCAGUCAGAAUCAGUUCAAGUGGUACUCCAGCAAUGUGAAGUUAUGCUUUUUGAUGACUCGUGCAGCUGUCUCCCACUGAUCUUUUGGAAUGAAGAAUGGAUUCACAUAGCAUUAACAGCUUUUAUACCAUACUCCACUGUUUUAUCGGUUGUGAACUGUCCGGUUCGUUACGAUCGUUACCGCAAAGGUGUGGUGGCCUCUCCAAAUUCAAAAACCUUAAUCAUUAUUUCACCUGACUGUGCAGAGGCCAAUCGCUUAAGUCAACAUUCAAAACACCGAGCCCAAAGUAUAAAUAUUAUUGAAAAUGGCCAUGGUUCGUUCACUGCUGAAAAUGUGGAUGAAAGGCUAUUACAACCUUUACCAACAGGAUAUAAAGCAGUCCAACCGGAGAUUUAUAAAGUCCCUCUGACAAGUAUUCACAACGUACUAACUGUUCGAGAUCUUAAAGAAGGAAAAGUUGUUGCAGGAUAUGCUUGUAUAUUCGCCUUGUUUACGAAAAUUGAUUUGGACUGUGAGAAAUUACGAUACCUCAUAACACUGCAAUGCUCUAAUUGUCAUAGUUGUUUGAGAUCUUGUGAUCCUCCUGCAGAUUAUGAUAUGGCAGCACCUGGAAAACGAAUUGACCCGAGUGUCAAAUAUAUGUUUGCAAUGUGUAAUACUCCAGGUUGUCCCACCAAUGGACAAAGAUUGUCUUGGUUUGAUAAACAACACGUUAAUAUGGAAUACGGUACCAUUGUUCAUCUAUCAGAUCACACAGGAACAUAUUCCAGAUGUCUUUUAGCCAGUAUUGCAAUGGAAAAGCUUUUGGGUUGCAAUGUUGAAGAAUUUCUACAUUUACCAAUAGAAAAACGAGUUCGUUUGAAGUGGGAGUACUGUUUAAGAAGAUUUAAGGUUUAUUUUUGGACAGAACAAAUUAGUUAUAACAAUCCAUCUCCUCUAAUCGUUAUUAUAGGUGUUGAAAAACCUAAUGUUUUUGAAGUAAUGCAUUCAUUGAAGUUAAACAGAUAA